AUGGAUAGGAAGAACACAGAAGCUACAGCUGACUGGAUUGCUAAGAAACUAGUACCAGUCAUGAGAAUUCACCCUAACAUGUCCACCAAAGGGGUAGAAGCAGAGAUGAUUAAAUAUGGUGUGCAUCCAAGCAAAUGGCAGAUGUAUAGAGCACUAACUAAAGCAAGAAAUGAGAUUGAAGGUCCCUUUGGUGGUGUGCUUCUCACAGCAGUCACUUUAGAUGCUAACAAUAGCAUUUUUCCUAUUGCAUUUGUUGUGGCUGAAGUUGAAAAUAAAGAAACCUGGAGUUGGUUUUUUCAUUCCUUUGAGGAGUUUUUUGGGCCAUUUAGAGAAAAUGGUCCUCUAACCUUCAUGAGUGACAGGCAAAAGGGCUUGAAUAUAACUUAUGAUGAGAUAGUGCCUGUUGCUAGUGAAAGGCAUUGUUGUAGGCAUAUCUGCAGCAAUUUUAAAGCUCAAUUUCCUGGUAUUCUGCUUAGUAACUUGUUCUGGAGAGCAGUAAAAAGCUUUGAUGUUGCAGGACAUAAUGAAGCCAUGGCCAGCAUAAAGGAGUUAAACAUAGAAUUAAAAGUUGUGAUUGUGGAGCACUUCAAAUUUCAAGACUUCCUUGUACAAAAGCUGGAAUCCUACUGUGAGCAUUGGUUCUCAAGAGACAUGUACUUAAAGACAUAUGCAAGUAUGAUUCAUCUAAUUCCUGAUGAAAAAAUGUGGCCACCUAGGCCACAUGUUACCCCUGCAACAAUCUUGCCUCCUCCAUUGAGGAGAGCUCCAGGUAGACCAAAGGUGAAAAGGAGAAGGGAACAUGAUGAAGGACAGUCUGCAUCACAACCAAAAAGAUGGAGCAGGUUCAAGUGUGGAAAUUGUGGCUCUUUUGGUCACAACAAGAAGUCAUGCCAAGGAGCACCUGUCCAGAAUAAGAAGAAUGGCAAUAGAACUUCUGGCCAACAGGAUCAUGCCUCUGGCGAUGUUCCAGUUGUACACUCAAGCCAAGGAAGCAAUCCUUCUCCUUCAAGCCAACCUGUAACUGUGAAUAUGCAUGUGCAGAUUCAGAGCACAACAACCACUUCAAAGAAAAAGAGAGGAAGGUCUUUAAGCAAUACUGGAGCAUCUGCUAGAGGGAGCAGCAAGAGAAACAACUCAAAUACUAUUCAGAUCACCUAA